GUUAUAUUCGCUCGUCUCCGGUUCCUUUUUCCGCAGUUGUCUUCAGUUCGAAUUAGAUUAGGGUUUUCCACUGUGUUCCUGAUGGAGUGAUUUCCGCUCCAUAGUUUCAUUUCUAUGCGCGCCAGCAUCCUUUUGAGUCUUUGAUCGAAGGGCGAGCUUUCCGAGCGAUGAUUUCACGGUCUGUGCUAACGCAAGAGAAUUCUGAUCACAGAUUUUUCGAUUGGCUUCUUGAGUGCCAUGGCGUCUGGCAUAAUGCGGGUUCCGUUAUAGCCUCAUUUGUUUUCGUCUUGUACUUGGCUUUUCAAGCCAAGCAGAGCUUUGUAAAGCUCUCGCAUGGCCGCUCUUAUGUUAUUAUAUCGUAUUACGUAUGCCUUUGGCUUGCCAGCGUGCUCAAUCUUUUUUGGUGUUUUUUUCAGGCAUGGGAAUGCACUCCUCGGAAACAAAUGGCAUGGAACUUGUUGUCCUUGUUUACUACUUCUGCUAUGCUAUUCCUGGAAGUAAGCUUGCUGGCCUUUUUACUUCAGGGAAAUAAUGUAAGUGGCUUAGAAGCAUUGACACGGACUUUUGGUAUCUCCGGUGUUAUUGUUGGUCUGGAUAUAGUGUUAAAGGCUGUUUAUCUAUUUGGAUUUGGGAUUCCUUUAUUCAUCGACAGUAAUGAUCAAAUCCGUCCUGUGAAAUGGAACUUGUGGGUCGUCCAUAAGGUUUUGCUCACUACUGUAUAUGCCUUCAUAUUAUUCAUGUAUCAUUCCAGAUGGAGGGAAAGGUUACCAGCGAGACCUGCAUUUUACAAGUAUGUGACCGUCAUGUUCAUCUUGAAUGCAAUUUCACUGUUUGCUUGUGGCCUGACUGGAACUGGUGCCGAUUUUGGUUUCUGGUUGUACGAGGCCACUGUUGUCUGUUACCACGCCUUUUAUCUUCCUCUUCUGUAUAUAACAUUCCUAGCAGACUUUUUCCAGGAGGAUGAUUUACAUUUGGAGAAUUCGUAUUACUCUGAGAUGAAAGAUGCUGGUUUCUCGAAUUCAGAUUGGGAAUGAUGUAUUAUCAACUAUUUUGAAUUAAUGCCGCACCAAUGUUAAUAGCAAGACAUCAUGUACAUAAUAGUGAAUAGGCAGUGAGACAUCAGAUUUUGAGAUUUCAAGUUUUCAGCUUUUCGUCAGCAUGUCAGUUGUUGUUGGGUGUCAUGUGUCAACUGACUGCCCUUCUCUGAGACCACGGCCUUGAGGGAAAAUGACGGAUGUAUCUUGUUGGCUGCCAUUCAUUAUCAUAUUACUCGUUGGCUCGAGGCUUGUUCCCUUUCGAGCUCUUU